AUGAUCACCAUAUUCCCACCGAUGAUCGAACAGGAUGAGAACCUCCUGGUGGUGAGGUUUGACGGAUCUGCGCGAGUGAAGCGCAGCGGCGGUGCAUAUAGCGCAGUCGUGUGUCUCCCAAAGUGGACGGUGGUAGAAGCCAUGUCGGAGUACAUGCCUGACUUGACAGUGAACGAGGCGGAUUCCGUGGACUGA